AUGUUUGCUGUAUCGUCAGAUAGCUCGAGCAGGAGAACUGUGUCUGCACCACUAGUACAAUCAAAGACCCCACGUUCGUCUGAACCAUCACCCUCCAAAAAGAGGUGGAGAGAAAUAUUGAGGCCGGGGAAAACGUACACCCCAAAACCAUCGGCCCAGCUCAAACGCAAUGCAGGUUACGGUGGCAGCUUCAUGCCGUUGGAUGACUCAAGAGCAGAUAAAACACCAUUCCCUCCCAUGUCUAUACAAGAGCCGAUGCUAACACCACCGUAUCUAUCUACCCCCAGCUUGGAGGUGCCUAGCAAGUUUGAAAGAGGUUGCAGCACCGCAGGCACAACCCCUCAAAGUAUCAAUUCUUUUGAAAGUCCCGGCAAGAAUGAGAACUUUUCUCACACUGGUGGGUUGAAUCUGUCCUUUGUCAAUAUCUUGAAUAACAACUUGCCCCAUUUGAUGAAAAGGAAAGACAGUCAGGAAUCUUCUACAAGAACUUCAAUCUCGACAAAAAAUCUGCAAGAUAACACAUGUUUUAUCUGCUCGGAAUUGUUGCUGAAUGUCUUGCAAAGUGAAAGAGUUUUGAAAUUGAACUGCGGAGAUCUGGUACAUUUUGAAUGUUUUAAAACAGCAUUUGAUAAGGAGCUAGCUGGUGGUAAAAACAAUGAACCGAACUUGGAGUUGCCAAACCUAUGUCAUGGUUCAAUUUGCAAGGGGCAACGACUGGUUACAAUCGAUAUUCGAAAUUUGAACUCACUUUUCAAAAGGCCAUAUACAUCAGCACUCACACCAAAACGGCCAGCUCCUCAACCAAAGGCUAGUCCUGAAUCAAAAGUGAAGUUGCAAAGUGUCAACUUUAAGGCAUUGAAAUCCACAUUGAGCCACACUCAUCUUGAGCUUUCAAGGCGCAGUUCGCUCAGGAAUCGAGAUACAAUGACAUCAAGCAUACGGUCUCCUUCGCCAGUGAAUACAAUAUCAACAACCAUGACGGACUCAUAUAACAUCAACGGGUUUGAUAAUGGCCAAAGUGCUGAAACUGUUGUCAACCAGCUAAUGCAGUACUUGUUGACAAACUGUACCACCUUAAAUUUUGCCAAAUUGUCACAGUUGGGGAUGUUGAGGACAGCUGACCAAUUACAAACCAAAAUCGAAGAUGGGCCUUUCAAGGAGAAGUAUUGUUACCUUUUUGAAAAUUCCGUGGUAAUUUGGGACAGCACAAGCGAAGCGUUUUUCAUUCCAGUCAACAGUGCAAAGAUUUCAUGCAAGGGCUCCAUAGUGACCAUAACCCCAACUGUGGGUAAUGUGUUGCAUCUUUCACUUCAAUCCCACCUCAGCUCAGUUAUUGAAAAAUGGGCCAUUGUAUUGAUGGAUCUUUCUGUUGAUGUUCCCGGCUGCAAAAUUACAAACACAAUAGAUUUAGCGCCAAAAGCACAAAGUGUUUUUGGAGGAUUCUUGAAUACAAUGAGUCCAAUUAUGGAUCUGCCGAAUGACUUUCCACAUGGAGUAGACUCCCUUGCAACAAGAACAAAUGAGGCGAAGGUGAAUGACGGAGAUAGUGAUUCUGAUGCCGAUUCUGAUGAGGAGCUCAUACAGCGUGCUUUGAAGGAGAAACUGAUCGAUUUGAAGGAGUUACAUAAGCCUGUGAAUAAUGAAAAUGUUGCCAAUGGUGUGUUGAGCUUGCCGUCGAGUGAUUAUGCUGAAAAUUACAAACCUGGAGACCCGAUUUUCAAUUUGCAAUUCCAGUUGAAUGCCGCAAGUAAAGUGGCAAGAAAGGGGGUUUUCCAUACAAAUGCUCCUCCCACAUAUAAAGACGAAUUUGACAGAUACAAGUACUACGACCAGUCCAUUGAGUCCUCCUUCCAUGAAGACAUUUCUUUUACUAUUCCAUUGUACAGGCCAGGAGCGUACAACUACUACAUUUCCUAUGAGGACGAAAAUGGGAACGACCGGGAGACUGGAAAAUAUUAUUUCAAUGUCCCGCCUUACUUUGCAAUCAAUGGGAAAUUUGUUCCCUUUAAUGCAAUCAACGUUGAGACUGUGGUUUCCAAAUGGAUUGGACUGUACGACCGCUGGCCAAAGUUUUUUGAAAACAUAAAGGCAAAAGGGUACAAUAUGAUUCAUUUCACGCCUUUGCAAGAACGAGGUGAAUCAGACUCCCCGUACUCGAUUUUUGACCAGUUGAAGUGGGAUCCCAAUAUUUUUCCUGACCAAGAGAAAGCUGUUGAGCAGAUUCAUAAAGUGUUGCAUGAGAACGGUUUGUUGAGCUUGACGGAUGUCGUUUGGAACCACACUGCUAAUAAUUCAGAGUGGUUGAAAGAUGCCCCUGAUUCGGGCUACAGUGCAUACACCGCUCCACACUUGAUCCCUGCUAUCGAGUUGGAUGGUGCAUUAUUGGAAUUUAGUGAAAAGUUGGAGGAAUUGAACUUGCCAACUACUAUCGAGAAUGAAUCAGAUUUGGGUAAGGUUAUGGAAGGAAUCAAGUCUAAGGUAUUGGAUGGGUUGAAGUUAUGGGAGUAUUACGUUUUCAAUCGGAACCAGACCUUGUCCGAGUUGCAAGAAACAUACAACAAACAAAAGUCAUCCAUCCAUGGUAUCGAAAUACCUGACAAUGUUGACAAGAGCAACAUUGACCUGUUGUCGAAAUUUGUGUUGGAGACGGCAAACACCCACGCUAAGCCAAUCUUGGGCCACAGAUUUGAAAACAAACUAGACACCAAAAAGUUUUUAUCUAUCUUGGUUGCAUUGUCUGAUGAAGUUGGCAGUAUUAUUGACAAAGCUGGCGAGGUAGUUGAUCAAAUCAAUGCUCCUUUGUACAGGGAGUACGACGAUGACUUGGGGACUAUUCAACAGCAGAUUGAAGACAGAAUCCGCUUUUUAAGAUUAGCUGACAAUGGUCCAAAGUGGGGAAAAGUCACAAAAGCGCUUCCUAUUACAGAGCCUUACUUUACAAGAUUCACCGAUAAGGAUGGCAAGAAACAAGCCUUGGCCAAUAAUGGUUGGAUUUGGGGCGGGAACCCGUUGGUGGAUUUUGCAUCCGACCAAUCGAAAGCAUACUUGCGAAGAGAGGUGAUUGUAUGGGGCGAUUGUGUCAAGUUGAGAUACGGGUCAAGGUAUGAAGACUCUCCCCAGUUGUGGGAUAGAAUGAUCAAGUACACCAGGGAAAUGGCAAAAGUGUUUACAGGAUUCAGAAUUGACAAUUGCCACAGCACGCCGUUGCAUGUUGGAGAAAGAUUGUUGGAUGAGGCAAGAAAAGUGAAUCCAAACUUGUAUGUCAUUGCUGAACUAUUCUCCGGCUCCGAGGAAAUGGACAAGAUUUUUGUUGAGAGAUUGGCAAUAAACUCAUUGAUCAGGGAAGCAAUGCAGGCUUGGAGUGUUGGUGAGUUGUCUUCGUUGGUCCACAAGCAUGGUGGACGCCCCAUUGGUUCAUUGACUUGGUUACCAUUAAGUGACUUUUCCUACCCAGCGGAGAAGGAGCCCGAAUUGCGCAAAACAAAGGAAGGAUACACGGAAUUGGACAUCCCACAAGUUUUGACCAGUACUGCGCCGCAUGCCAUCUUCAUGGACUGUACCCAUGACAACGAGACUCCGGCUCAGAAGAGAACAGUUGAGGAUACUUUGCCCAAUGCCGCGCUUGUGGCGUUCUGUUCAUCGGCCAUUGGUUCUGUGUAUGGAUACGAUGAGUGCUAUCCCCAUUUGCUUAAUGUCGUCAGUGAAAACAGAUUGUACGAUUUGGAUGACACUAAUGGAAUUGUGAAGGUGAAGUCGAGAUUGAAUGCUAUUCGUAAACAACUUGCAGAAGAAAGUGAGGAUAUUGCUCGUGAUCACGAAAUGUAUAUUCAUCACGAGGGGCAGUAUAUUACUAUUCAACGCUACAAUGCAAGGACUGGGAAAGGGUGGUUUCUCAUUGCAAGAAGUAAAUUUUAUGCAAACGAAACAGAGCAGAUUUUGUCUCCUUCCGUUCUUGGUGGAACCAAGGUGAAACAUGAGUUUAGUUAUGUUUUGAAGAAAACAGGUGAGUACCAAAAGGAUGACAAGUUUUUGAAAGGGAUUCCUACUGAAGUGGUGGAUAUUGAAGCGCCACAUGUUGAGGAAAAGAAUGGUGAUAGCAUUAUCCAAGUGAAUGGUAGUUUUAUUCCAGGAUCUAUUUCAGUAUUUUCGACAGAAAUUCCCGGUGUUGACAUCAAGUUGGAUGAAUAUGUGAGAGAAGGGGCCCUUGAAGCUGCAUUGGAUUUGAACUUGUACGAUUUGAAUGCUGUGCUCUAUAGAAGUGCUCCCGAGGAACUAGAUGCUAGCGGAGGCAAGGAAAGCGUCUAUAAUAUUCCUCAAUAUGGCGAUUUGGUUUAUGCUGGUCUUGAAGGUUGGCAAACUGCAUUGAAGCAUGUAAUUUGGUCUAACAACUUGGGCCAUCAAAUUUGUAAUCACUUGCGUGAUGGUGCGUGGGCUUUGGAUUAUGUUGUGCAAAGGUUGGACAAGUACAAGAAUGAACGCUUAGGCAAGUUUCAAAAAUGGUUGAAGGAUCGAUUUGAUGCAGUUAAAAAGGUUCCUUACUAUUUGAGACCUCAUUACUUUUGUUUGGUUGUUGGGAUUGCAUAUGAGGCAGCUAGGUUUAGAGCAUUGAGACAGUUGAGCAAGCCAAUUCAAAAAGCCACCAAUUUUGUUCAAAGUUUGGCAUUGACAAGCGUGCAAAUGACUGGUUUUAUGAACAAUACGUCUCUUGUACCAGACAAGUCGGUUGCGUGUUUGGCAGCAGGAUUGCCACAUUUCAGCAAUGAUUACAUGAGAUGCUGGGGAAGAGAUGUUUUCAUUUCCUUUAGAGGUCUUUUGAUUGUCCCUGAAAGGUAUAAUGAUGCAAAAGAGCAUAUACUUGGAUUUGCCAAGACCUUGAAGCACGGAUUGAUUCCGAAUUUGUUGGAUGCAGGUAGAAAUCCUAGGUACAACGCUAGGGAUGCUGCGUGGUUCUUUUUGCAAGCUAUUCAGGAGUAUGUGCUCCAUGCACCUAAUGGGGAAAAAAUUUUGGAUGAAAAGGUUUCCAGAAGAUUUCCCUUGGAUGAUACGUAUGUUACCGUUGAUGACCCUAUUGCAUUCAGCUAUGAGACAUCAAUCAGAGAUGUAAUUUUUGAAAUUUUCCAACGUCAUGCAAAAGGCAUAAAGUACAGAGAGGCCAAUGCAGGGCCCAAUCUUGACUCGCAAAUGAAGGAUGAGGGAUUCAAUGUUGAAGUGGGGAUCGAUUGGGAGUCUGGGUUUGUACACGGCGGCUCGCAAUUUAAUUGUGGUACCUGGAUGGACAAGAUGGGUGAAAGUGAACGUGCUCAUAAUAAGGGGGUACCCGGAACGCCUAGAGACGGUGCUGCUGUCGAGUUGCAAGGUUUGCUAAAGAGUGCAUUGAGGUGGGUCAUCGACUUGAACAAGCAAGGUAAGUUUGAGUACACUGAAGUGGAAAAGGGCAAUGGAGAGAAAAUCUCCUUCAAAGAGUGGGACAAGUUGUUGCAGGACAAUUUUGAGAAGCGAUUUUAUGUACCUGUGAAUGCAAGUGAUGAUGGCAUAUAUGAUAUUGACUCUUCGUUGGUCAAUAGGAGGGGCAUCUACAAAGACUUGUACCAUACAGGAAAACCUUAUGAAGAUUACCAAUUACGUCCAAAUUUCCCAAUUGCAAUGUGUGUGGCUCCAGAGUUGUUCACUCCAGAACUAGCAUUGACUGCGAUAAACAAUGCUGACGAAAUUAUAAGAGGACCCGUUGGUAUGAGGACAUUGGACCCACUGGAUUACAACUAUCGGCCAUACUAUAACAACUCCAUUGACAAUGAUGACUUUGCCACGUCUAAAGGCCGCAACUACCAUCAAGGACCAGAGUGGGUGUGGAACUAUGGCUACUUUUUGAGAGCGUUUUUGUAUUUCCAUUUGAAAGGAAGCGAUGGCACGAUUGAGUUGUUUACAUUGCUUAAUGACAGGAUUCAACAUCAUAUUAACUGGAUAAAGGAGAGCCCCUGGGCUGGGUUGACAGAGUUGACCAACAAGGACGGUGAAUUUUGUGGAGACUCUAGUCCAACUCAAGCGUGGAGUAGUUCCUGCUUGUUGGAUUUGUACUUCGAUAUCUAUAGAUACGUAUAG